CUCGUGGCCCCCCCAUCGCCAAGUACGAAAUACGUCUGCUAAAGAAAAAAAGAAAGCUUCUGUACCCUGCUUGUGAUAAAAUCGUCGAUUGAAGAAAAGAGAAAUGGAUAGUAGGUUGUUCGGUCUCGAAUCACCCCUCCUUUCCACCAUCCAGCAUCUGAUGGACACGACCGAUGAAGCCGAAAAGUCAUUCAACGCGCCGACUCGAACUUAUGUAAGGGACGCGAAGGCCAUGGCUUCAACUCCGGCUGAUGUCAAAGAGUAUCCCAACUCCUAUGUGUUUAUCAUCGACAUGCCAGGGUUGAAAUCUGGGGACAUCAAGGUCCAUGUGGAGGAUGACAAUUUGCUGCUGAUCAGCGGAGAGAGGAAGCGUGAAGAGGAGAAGGAAGGUGCUAAGUAUGUGAGGAUGGAAAGAAGGGUCGGCAAGUUUAUGAGGAAGUUUGUGCUGCCUGAAAAUGCUAAUGCUGAUGCCAUUUCGGCGGUCUGCCAGGAUGGGGUUUUGACUGUCACUGUGGAGAAGUUGCCACCGCCGGAGCCCAAGAAGCCCAAGACCAUUGAGGUUAAGAUUGCUUGAGGAGUAUUAUUGUGUCCCAUCUAUGGCUGGGGUACUGCAAAUAAAGUAGGUUCUGUUAUAGCUUGGUGUGGACUACGACUAUGAGCAUUGUGUUUGGCUAUGUUUUUUUUUUUAUUUUUUAUGGGGUGCUGAUGUGUAUCUGAGAUGUUAUAAAAAUUGCUUUUAAAAUUAAAAUCUUCUUUGCUUUUCUCCCUA